UCCAGGCUUUUAAAUCAAGAGGCCCAGCUGAUCACCCUCGUUUCCAGCGAUCAAUCCUGCAGCCAGGCACCCGCUCCUUUGCAAGGAUUGCAUACUGAGUGUGUAGGACUGGAUCUAAGACUGGGGGAAAAAAACUGAGAGAAGAUGAACUGGGGAGAUUUGCCCAUCCCUGGAUCCAACUGUUGCACUCAGUGCUGAAAUUCGGGGAAGGCUCCAAGACAGAGUCCCCUUUAUGACUCUUAAUGCGAAGACAAGGGCUCAGGCAAAGAUGUAACUAACUCAAAAAGGAAGGCAACAAAAAGGGGCUGCCGGGAAAUGCAGGAAGGAGCCCCGGUGACAAGCUGCCCCGUUCCCUCGCCAAUGGCUUUCCUAGACUCCUCUUUUCCAAGAGAAAAUCGCCUGCCUUUGCGCAACAAGGCCAGCCGGCUGCUUGCAUCCUGGCCUGCCAGGUCCAGCCGGCUGCUUGCAUCCUGGCCUGCCAGGUCCAGCCACUUCCCACAAACUCCCCCUCGUCAGCCAUAAAGUUUUCGUGGCAUCUCUCUGCCAAAUCCCUCGCAGGCCCAGAUGGCUGGGAGGUGCCCAAGCAAAGGAUUCGAACUAGCCCUUUCUGGUGUGUUCGUUCGCCUGCUUUCUCUUUGGUAGGCCAGGAUGGAGAAGAUCAGUAGAACAAGCCUCCUCUUGGCCCUUGACUGAUUCUUGCCACACAGGCUAGGGGAAGUUUCAGACAUGCAUCCCAGGAAACACCGUGCUUACACCCAGUUGGCUGAUGUUUUUGAACAAAAGCAAGUGUAUUAACCCUCACCAUUUCCCCAAGAGACAAGAAGUUCCAGAGGCACUGCGCCGUUUCCUGCACAGGAUCCUCCUAAACUGGUGAACGGCAUCUUUGGGGGAUCAGUCUUGUUUCCCCUAAAUAUACCUCCCCAAAAAAGAGUGGUUGAGAUUGAAUGGAAAUUUAGCCCCAAGGUGGGCAUGCCACUCCUGAUUGCCGAAUUUGUGAAUGGAGAGCUGAAGCGCCCGAACGAAGGCGACCGGUUUGGGCACCGGCUGGAAAUGGCCGACGAGACCACGCUGAGGAUCAAAGGUCUGGAGCUGGAGGACACAGGAGUGAUGGACGUCCGUGUGAGGUUUGCGACCUCAGCAAUUCUGGAACACUCCUUCAACCUUGCUGUCCAUGAGCCUGUGCCAAUGCCACAAAUAAGUCACCGGCUCAUUUCCUACACUGCAGAUGAAUGUAACAUGACCCUACAGUGUCAGACACUUGGAAAGGGGGGGUUGCGUUUAUCCUGGAAAAUGGGGAACCCCCUGAGGGUCUUAGAAGGAGCACUGGGCUGGCACCGGCUCACUGACACCGGCAAUGAGCUGCACCUGUCAUGGAGGCCCACCACCUCCAAUUCCACCAUCACUUGUCUGGUUGAUAAUCCAGUUGACUUGAAGAACACCUCAGUUGACUUGUUCAACGUAUGUCAGGAUGCAGAUGAAUACGGCUGUUUCUCUUGGGUUAGAACUACCAUGUUUGUUGGGCUCGGACUCCAGAUCACCAUCAUUGUCCUGGUGAACAUACUGGAAAGGAAAGACUGGAACCAGUGCUGUGCUGGUGUAGAUGCAGGGAUUGCCAACAUGGCACCUGUAGGCACCAAUAAGCCCACCAAGACCUUCUACCGUGCCCACAAAAGGUCUCCGUAAAUAUGGCCUCCAAAAAAAUCCACAACAGAUGAGAGACUGUUUGCUCUUCCUGCUCAGUUCCUCUUUGCGCUGGCUCAGCUUCUUCCACACUGGACAAACACACCCUGUAAACAUUUCCCCAUUUCAGUGGAUGCCAGGAUUGGACACCCUCCCCUUCAAUUCUGAACUCAGGGGAGAUGCAAAGAGUUCCUCUCUGCGGGCAAGAGUGGCGGCGGCUGAUGUAGGUGCCUUUUUCCAUUGGGGUGGGAGGGAUGAUGAGGGGCCUGCCUGCGGUCCCAUGAGGGGCCAUUUUGCCGUCCCAUGUCUCUUUCUGCUCUUUUUUAGAUGUGGCAGCCAUUUUUUGCCAUGCUACACACGCCGCAGCAGCCAUUUUGUGACUGGCGUCUGUGGCACUUCCUCAAAAUUCCAAAUCAGCCCGCUGGCUCCAAAAGGUUGGCUCCUCUUGAGGUAGAUCAGGAGCGGGGAGGGGGGGAGAACCCUCCAGAUGAUGGGAACUAUAACUCCCAUCAGCUCCAGCAAGCAUGCCCAGUGGCCAGAGAUGAUGGGAGCUGUAGUUCAGCAACUUCUGGAGGGGCAAACUUUUCCCAUAGCUGGUGUAGAUGGUUGGAAGGCGACCCUCCUGUUUAAGAGAUGGCUGGAACUGCUGCCCACCUCCAUUAAAGAGGCUCUCACUCUCUCACAUGACCAGAGAGACAAGCCAGCUCCCCCAGAAGGAGACCUCCAGGCUGCCUUUUUCAAUGUGCAUACCAAAAAGGAGCCAACAUGUCGCUUUUUAAGCUUCUGCACAUUACGUGUUGUAUUUUUAAACUGUGUACACAGCUGCGGUACUUUGUGACGUUUAGCAGUUUCUAAAAAUCCCAAAUAAAACGAUAAAUUUAUGACCCACACGACACACACACUUUGUUCCUAAGGAUGAUCCUUAUUCCAUUUUGAUCCUUGCGUACUUAGCGGAAAGCAAUUACAUUGGAGUUAAGCCACAUAUCAUUCCGUGAGAAGACUGCGGUGGUGUGCACAGAGAAAGGGGAUGAAAUAAAAUGUAAUAAUG